AGUAAGUGAUUCAUGUUUAUGCUUGUUAAUGUUGGUAAAUUUGAUGUUUUUUUAAACUGUCAGCUUUUUACUGAUUUUGUCCUAUGGAUUGUAUGUUUGUGUGGAUUAACCAAAUAGGAAAAUAGACUAUUAGUGUAAACUCUCUUCAAAAAGUGCUUAGUGCUCUUUCACCCAUUAUUAUUAUUAUUUGGUCUUCUUAACUGAGUUAAAUCUAUAGAUCUUUGGAGGGGAGGGGCUUUGGAUAUAUCAAAGUUGGCAGAUUUGUAGAGUUUUUGCUGAUAGGAUCAAUGAGUAUGCUUAUUAUCCAAUCCCCAAUCCAGGCUUUGGACGUUUACUAUUACCUUGAUUAUGGGCUCAAAAACUACUGCUGCAGUAUUUGUGUUGUCUUAGUGGCAGAAGUGAACGGAGGGAGCAAUCUGGACCUGGUUCUAAAGUCUGCCAUCCUCGACGGAACUUUUAGAGCUUUCUCAAAUGCUAGCCUUCAUAAGCUCAGGCAAAGAAUAGAGGAGGUCAUUGUAAUGCAGUAGUGUAUAUAAAUGCUCUGCUUCAGUACACUUCUUUGAAAAUUAACAAUUCUACCCUCCCACUGUCAAUGUGAAGAAUGUGGUUGUUAGCCUGCUGGGUCCAAAGAAAUAUAAGGAUGUUCCUCCAAUGAUGGGUCCAGAAAACUACUCUUACCAGAGAUUGUAUUUCUAUUACAUAGGCGUCAGAUUUGUGGAUAUUAUUUAAUUGUAAGACUAAGAUUUGUGGAUAUUAUGUUAAGUUUUUAUGCAUAAGGACAUACUUUUUCCAUGAUUUCUUGGUAGGAUAUUCAAAUUAAGGAACUUUGUUAUGAAGUUUGGAAACGAUGAAAGGGUUAUAUGCUUGGAUUAA